AUGAUUAUUUUGUGCUGCAAAUGUGGAAUCCGAAUGCAGCUAAAUGCUGCAAACAUGUGUGUGAAUUGCUUGAGCUCGGAACACAACAUUACCGAAGGCCUUCGAAAGCAUUUCGAGCUCAAGCAUUGCCCUGAAUGUGAUAGCUACCUACAGCCACCAAGAAAUUGGAUCAAAAUCCAAUUAGAAUCCAAGGAGCUCCUAGCCUUCUGCUUGAAGAAGCUGCAGAAGGAUCUGAAUUCGAAUAAGGUGAGGAUGGUGCAUGCUGAGUUUAUCUGGACCGAGCCUCAUUCGAAAAGGAUUAAAGUCAAGCUAAAGGUUCAGAAGGAGAUUAUCAAUGGAGUAAUACUUGAGCAAUCUUAUGUUGUUGAAUAUGUUCAAAGGGAGCAAAUGUGUGAAUCUUGCUCCAGGGUGCAGGGUAACCCUGAUCAAUGGGUUGCAGCUGUGCAACUUAGGCAACACGUUUCGCAUAGGCGAACUUUCUUUUACUUGGAGCAGGUGAUUCUGAAGCAUGAUGCUGCUGGUAGGGCUAAAAAGAUCAAAGAGGUGGAUAAUGGAAUUGAUUUCUUUUUCUCUAGUUGGAGCCAUGGUGCUAAGUUUGUUGAGUUUUUGGGGAAAGUUUCUCCUGUGAGAUUGGGCAGCCGUGGCGAUAAGCAACUUGUGUCUCAUGAUCCUAAGAGUAACAACUACAAUUACAAAUACACUUUCUCUGUUGAAAUCGCUCCAAUUUGUCGUGAAGAUUUGAUAUGUCUUCCUCAGAAAGUUGCUGCUGGUAUGGGAAAUUUUGGUCCCCUUGCGAUUUGCACCAAGGUUACCAACAACAUUGUUUUGCUUGAUCCAUAUACAUUGAGGCAUUGUUUCUUGGAUGCUGAUCAGUACUGGAGAGCAUCCUUCAAGUCUUUACUCACUAGCCGGCAGUUGGUUAAGUACAUUGUGCUGGAUUUGGAUGUUAUCAAUUCGGCUGAAGCAACUAUUGAUGGCAGAAAGUAUGUUCUGGCCGAGGCUCAAGUUGCUCGCAUAUCGGAUUUUGGUAAGAAUGACACCAUAUUUUCCAUAAAGACUCAUUUGGGAAAUCUUUUAAGGCCUGGUGAUUAUGCUCUUGGUUAUGAUCUGUAUGCUGCUAACACUAAUGACAUUGAAUUGGACAAGUACAAGUCCAAAGGACUUGUCCUUCCUGAAGCAAUUUUAGUGAAUAAGAGUUAUGAAGAGAAGAGUGGGAAGAAGCGCUUGAAGCCUCAGUUGUGGAAGCUCAAGUCACUUCCCAUGGAGGUUGAUGAUAAGGGUGAAAUUGAAAACGACAAGAAGAACAAGGAUUAUGAAGAGUUCUUAAGGGGUUAUAAAGAAAAUCCUGAACUGUGGUUCAACCUAUCAGUAACAGAAGGCGAAGAGGCACCUUCUGUUCCGCUUGAUGAGGUGAUGGCUGCUCUUGAUCUGAGUGAGGAGGAAGAUGGGGAUUUUCUUAUGGAAGGGUGA